CAUAGUCUCUUCCUCUUUUCUUCUUUCUUCGUCAAUUUCAGAACAAGUCACUACAGAUCUGAAGUGAACCAAGCUCAGGUUUUGUCUUCUCUUUGAUCAUUCCUUUCUCAGCAAUAUAAAUUAGAGUUAUAUCCUUUAUAAAGGAUUUUGCUUUUUCACCAACAAACCCUAAAUUCGGUGUCUCAGCAAGAAUCACGUGAUUCUCGUUCCUCUUCCUCACGAAACCCAUCAUCUUCUAUCUCAUUUGAGAAAUGGGUCAAAAGUUUUGGGAGAAUCAAGAAGAUCGAGCGAUGGUUGAAUCCACCAUAGGCUCUGAAGCUUGCGACUUUUUCAUCUCAACAGCUUCAGCUUCCAACACUGCCUUGUCCAAGCUUGUCUCACCACCAAGUGAUUCCAAUCUCCAACAAGGGUUACGUCACGUUGUUGAAGGAUCUGAUUGGGAUUAUGCUCUUUUCUGGCUAGCGUCCAACGUUAAUAGCUCUGAUGGUUGUGUCUUGAUCUGGGGAGAUGGUCAUUGCCGUGUCAAAAAGGGUGCUUCAGGUGAGGAUUACUCUCAGCAAGAUGAGAUCAAAAGACGUGUGCUUCGCAAGCUUCACUUGUCGUUCGUUGGUUCAGAUGAAGAUCAUCGUUUGGUGAAAUCAGGAGCUCUUACUGAUCUCGACAUGUUUUAUCUGGCUUCUUUGUACUUUUCCUUUAGGUGUGAUACCAAUAAGUACGGUCCUGCUGGAACCUAUGUGUCUGGGAAGCCUCUUUGGGCUGCAGAUUUGCCUAGCUGCUUGAGUUAUUAUAGGGUUAGGUCUUUCUUAGCUAGGUCAGCUGGUUUUCAGACUGUGUUGUCUGUACCAGUGAAUUCUGGAGUUGUGGAGCUUGGUUCUUUAAGACAUAUUCCAGAAGAUAAGAGUGUGAUUGAGAUGGUGAAAUCAGUGUUUGGUGGGUCUGACUUUGUUCAGGCUAAAGAAGCUCCUAAAAUCUUUGGUCGACAGCUGAGUCUUGGUGGAGCAAAACCUCGGUCUAUGAGUAUUAAUUUCUCCCCGAAGACCGAGGAUGACACGGGUUUCUCAUUGGAAUCGUAUGAGGUGCAAGCGAUCGGAGGCUCUAAUCAAGUGUAUGGUUAUGAGCAAGGGAAAGAUGAGACAUUGUAUCUAACUGACGAGCAAAAGCCGAGGAAGAGAGGGAGAAAACCAGCAAAUGGAAGAGAAGAGGCUCUAAACCAUGUGGAAGCGGAACGGCAGAGGAGGGAGAAGCUGAACCAGAGAUUCUACGCUUUGAGAGCGGUGGUGCCUAACAUCUCCAAGAUGGACAAGGCUUCGCUCCUUGCAGACGCAAUCACUUACAUCACGGAUAUGCAGAAGAAAAUCAGGGUGUAUGAAACAGAGAAGCAGAUAAUGAAGAGGAGGGAGAGUAAUCAGAUAACUCCAGCAGAGGUUGAUUAUCAACAGAGGCAUGAUGAUGCAGUUGUAAGGCUAAGCUGUCCGUUGGAAACUCAUCCAGUUUCAAAGGUGAUACAAACGUUGAGGGAGAAUGAAGUUAUGCCUCAUGAUUCCAACGUGGCCAUCACAGAGGAGGGUGUGGUUCACACAUUCACUCUCCGGCCUCAGGGUGGCUGCACCGCUGAGCAGUUGAAGGACAAGCUCCUUGCCUCUCUAUCACAGUAACUAUCACAGCAGUAACUGCUAUGUAAUAAGUGUAACCGUGUUGGAGGUUGUAUCAAUGUACUAUUGCAAGCCAACCAAAAAAAACUCCAGCUUAGUAGGAUCGUGUAAUUUUCCUUAUAUGUAAUGUUGAGAUUUGUCUUUUACAUAUAAAGAUUUGAGCAGAAAGCUUCACACUU